AUGGUUGAAGGUAAAGUAUUUGUAGUCUCAAAUAGACUUCCUGUAACAAUAAAGAGAGCAGAAGAUGGCACGUACGAGUAUUCAAUGUCUUCGGGUGGACUUGUUACUGCCUUGCAAGGGCUCAAGAAAUCAACGGAGUUUCAAUGGUUGGGGUGGCCUGGUUUGGAAAUUCCCCAAGAUGAACAAGCCAAGGUCAAUAAUGAUCUUAACUCCAAAUUCAAAUGUACCGCGAUAUUUCUAAGUGAUGUUAUUGCUGAUUUGCAUUAUAAUGGGUUUAGCAACUCCAUAUUAUGGCCAUUGUUUCACUACCAUCCGGGAGAAAUGAAUUUCGAUGAGAAUGCAUGGGCAGCUUAUAUCGAAGCAAAUCGGAAAUUUGCCCAGGUUCUAGUUGAGCAAGUUGCAGAUAAUGAUAUGAUUUGGGUUCAUGACUAUCAUCUUAUGUUACUCCCGGAAAUGUUGAGGGAGUUGCUUGGUACUACUAAGAAAAAUAUUAGAAUUGGGUUUUUCUUACAUACACCUUUCCCUUCGUCGGAAAUCUAUAGAAUCUUGCCCGUUAGAAAGGAGAUCUUGAUCGGUGUGUUGAGCUGUGACUUGAUUGGGUUCCAUACUUAUGAUUAUGCAAGACAUUUUUUGAGCUCGGUAUCAAGAAUUGUUCCCCACGUAAAAACAUUGCCCAAUGGAAUAGAGUAUAAUGAGAGGAAAAUCCAAAUUGGUGCAUUCCCUAUUGGAAUUGAUGUUGACAAAUUCACAGAGGGGCUUACAAAGCCGCUGGUACAGGCUCGUAUUGCUCAAUUGAAGAAAAAAUUCGAAGGUAUAAAAGUUAUUGUUGGAGUUGAUCGAUUGGACUAUAUCAAGGGUGUGCCACAAAAACUUCACGCAUUUGAGAUAUUCCUUCAGCAAAAUCCAGAAUGGAUAGGUAAAGUCGUUCUUGUUCAAGUGGCUGUGCCUUCACGUGGUGACGUUGAAGAGUAUCAAAGUUUACGUGCCACGGUAAACAAUCUCGUUGGUCGUAUAAAUGGACAAUUUGGUACGGUUGAGUUUGUUCCUAUACAUUAUAUGCAUAAAUCAAUACCAUUUGAUGAAUUGAUUUCAUUAUACGACAUUAGUGACGUUUGUCUAGUGAGUUCAACCAGAGACGGAAUGAAUUUAGUGAGCUAUGAAUACAUUGCAUGUCAAGAGGAUAAAAAGGGUGUUUUGAUUUUAUCUGAGUUUGCUGGUGCUGCUCAGGGACUUAAGGGCGCUAUAAUAGUUAAUCCAUGGAACACGGAAGAUAUGAGUGAUGCUAUAAAGGAAAGUUUGACCUUGCCUAGAGAAAAGAGGGAGUUCAAUUUCAAAUCAAUGUUUUCAUAUAUUUCAAAGUACACUUCUGGUUACUGGGGAGAAUCUUUCGUGAAGGAGUUGUACAAAUGUCACUCUGAUAAAGAAUCCCAAUGA